UAUGUUCCGAAAAAAAACUUAUCUACUACCGUGAAUCCGUGAAACUAUCUUUGGAGACCGCAACGGCUUCAGGAACGAAGCGAUUUGGAAGACUGAGUCAGAGACUCUGAAUGAAUCGGUUGGAGAGAUAAGUCAUAAGAGAUCCUUGACAGAAUCCCUUGUUCAUUCCGAAACCGCUACAAAAUCAUGGGUGGCAACGGCAAACACAGGUGGAAAUUCAGCUUCCACCGUUCCUCCAACCAUCCUCCCAAGGAAUUCACCUGCCCCAUCUCCGGCUCACUAAUGUCCGACCCUGUCGUCGUAGCUUCGGGCCAAACCUUCGAACGACUCGCCGUUCAACUCUGCAAAGACCUCAAUUUCUCCCCCAAGCUAGACGACGGCACCCGACCCGACUUCUCAACCCUAAUCCCCAACCUCGCCAUCAAAACGACAAUCCUCCACUGGUGCGACAACGCCCGCACCCAACACCCGCGCCCUCCCGAUUACGCCUCCCUCCAGCGCCUCGUCUUAGAACAAAAAGAAAAUGACCGCGUUAGGGUUUCCGAAAUGGAGCUUCUCAACGCCGUCGCCGACCUCCCUCCCGUCAUCUUCUCCCACGCCGCCACCGAGUUAGGCCCCCGAGUCAACCACUUCAACUCGGGAUCCUCCUCCGAGCAGGAAUCCGUCAUCAUCCCCUCGAGUCCGGGAACUCCGUUACCGUUAACUAUUCGCCCGACGUGCUUCUCCUCUUCCUCCUCCUCCUCCUGCGAGAUCGAAAUCGAAAACCCUAACACCCCGGCGUCGGAGGAAGAAGAAGGACUAUUAAAGAAAUUGAAGAGUAACGAGGUGUUUGAGCAAGAAGAAGGCGUAAUCGCGCUGAGAAAGAUCACGAGGAACAAAGAGGAUGCUAGGGUUUCGCUCUGCACGCCGCGGGUGUUACUAGCGCUGCGUGGUUUGAUCGCCUCGCGAUACGGCGUUGUCCAGGUCAACGCGGUGGCGUCUCUGGUCAACCUUUCGCUAGAGAAGCAGAACAAGGUGAAGAUUGUUAGGUCAGGGUUUGUUCCGUUCUUGAUUGAUGUUUUGAAGGGGGGACUGGGUGAGUCGCAGGAGCACGCUGCGGGCGCGCUUUUUAGCUUGGCUUUGGACGAUGACAACAAAAUGGCGAUCGGCGUUCUCGGCGCGUUGCAUCCGUUGAUGCACGCGCUUCGUGCCGAGUCCGAGCGGACCCGGCACGACUCGGCGCUCGCACUGUAUCAUUUGUCACUUGUACAGAGCAAUAGAAUGAAACUGGUGAAGCUCGGCGUGGUCCCCACACUUCUCUCGAUGGUGGUGGCUGGGAAUCUGGCGAGCCGGGUGCUGCUGAUUCUCUGCAACCUCGCCGUGUGCACGGAGGGGCGCACGGCGAUGCUGGACGCCAACGCGGUGGAGAUUUUAGUAUCACUGUUGAGAGGGAACGAGUUGGACUCGGAGGCGACUCGGGAGAAUUGCGUGGCGGCGCUUUACGCGCUGAGUCAUAGAAGCUUGAGGUUCAAGGGUUUGGCUAAGGAAGCGAGAGUGGCGGAGGUUUUGAAGGAGAUUGAGGAAACGGGUACGGAGAGGGCGAGGGAGAAGGCGAGAAAGGUGUUGCACAUGUUGAGAACUGUGGGAGAUGGAGAUGGUGAUGAGAUUGACGAGUUUUACGACUCGGCCGGGUUGACUCGGAAUCGGUACCGAGCUGGUGCUGCCAGGAAUAGCGACAACCUCGUCAACACGACCACGUUUUAGGUCUCUGUUUCUCUAAUUUUUCGACAGUUUAAAAUAUUAGGAGAAGGGUUAAAUUUGUUGAUGAUGAAAUGUGUCCAGUAGGAAAAAAGAAUGAAUAGGAAAAUAAACUAGAUUACAUGGUGUUUUGCUGGUGUAAAUGAUUCUCAACCUGUUUUUUUAUUUUUUAAAAUUUUUGCUUUUGUUGAUGGGUGUUAUAUUGUAGUCUGUAUGUAAUCAGGGUUUAGGUGAAUUUUCGAUUGUAUGGUAAUGUGUACAUAAUUUAUACUUACUGUGUAGUGUUUACUAUUUUGGUGCACAGAAGACAGAGAUCUGCAGAGUGAAUUGUGGAUUGGUUUUUUUAUAUGUAAAGGUGGAUGUCACCUCGUAUAUAAACUAUACGAGGGGCCAAUAUUAUGCACAUGUCACUCACUCAUUAGUAUGA